CUCUGUGUCCACAGGAGGGCAGAGCUGCUCCCCACCUCGUAUUCAGCCCUGUGGGGACAGCUGCCCACUCUUCCGUGAAGGGCCAGAUCCUGGCCUUCAAAGAGUGCCUGGCUGACCGCCCUGUUGCCCUGACCCUGGGCAUCCUGGAGCCACACUCCAGCGGGCAGCAGAGCUGCACUGGGCUUGGGAUACUGGGGGCUGCUAGGUGUGUUGCCUGGGCCUCCUGCCAGGGGCUGCUGGGGGCCAGAGCCGUGCCAGAGAGCAGCCUCAUUCCAGCCCAUGGUGGGCCCUGCCAGGGCUGGGCAUCAGCCCAGUGGGCACUGUGCUGCCAGUCUGCUGGGCCAGCCCCCCAUCUGUGUUUUUAGUUAAUCCCUCCCCAGGUGUGGUGGGCGCUUGCUGCGGUGAUAAGGCGGAGGUCUCUGAGAGGGAAGGAGCAGGCCUCUGAAGGGGCCCUGGCCCUCACCUGUGAUGAGGUUGCGUCCUUGUGUACAGACCUGGUGGCAGCCCGGCCCACGCUUGGCCAGGCCUGGGGCUGUUGGCGGGUCUGCGGACGGAGGUGCUCUCCCAGCAGGCAGUGCUGUGCAAUCCCCCACAACGGAUGGUGCGGAGAGGCCUGCUGGGCCUUGUCCUGCUGAGCCUCCCCCCAGGGUGGGGGGUCGGGCUUACGGGGAGACACCUGGUCAGUCACCCGGCCCUUCCCAGGCUGGACUGAUCUGGCCGGUCUGCCUGAUCUCUCUGACCGGGACCAGGAACUCCUAGGUACAGGUCUCGCAUGUGCUGAGGCAGGGCCACUGGGCAGGUGGACACUCUGCCAGUGGGGCUGGGGUUGUUCUGGGAUCCAGUGCGGCAUCCGGUGUGGCCUCCCAUCCCCUCUUCCAGUCUGCUCUCACCAGUACUGGGGUGGUCUCUGUCCCUCAUCCCAAGGCUGGGCUGGGCUCUGUCUUGCCUGCUGUCUCUGGCCUGUCCUGGUUGUGGGGGGCCGUGACAUGUGGACUCUCCCAGUGUGCUGGACCCACAAAGCUUGUUCUGCUGCCCUCUGGGCCCACUGUGCCCCCUCCCCCCGGCCACCCCUGUGAGAGGGAGCUGUGCGAGGGCCAGAGACAGCUGGCAGGCUGGAGCUGAGGCCGCCCGGCCACCCCGCACCCCGGGUCUGGUCGCAUUCCUGAGGGACCUGCUGAGCCUCCCUGGCCCUGAGGGCGGGGGAAGGGCGGGCAGGGAUGGGCUCCAGGCUUCUGCAGGUCUCCUCCCCCACCCCUGGCUUCCUUCCAGUGGAGUCCAGGCCUGCCUGAGUUGGGGGCAAGUAGGGGGCCUGGAGCCCAUGCUGCAGGACCCCUCCCGCAGGACCCGAAGGCCUGGGGCGCAUGGGGAGCCCACCCGCAUCUGGCGGCAGCUGCCAGCAGCCUUGGCGGGCUGGUAUUGAAAGAGCGAGCCUGCAAAAGCCAUGUGGUCAGGCUGGGCAGGACAGGAGGGGGCUGGGCCCUCUGGGCAGGGAGGGGGCCUGAGCAGCCGGGAGGGAAGGGAAGGAGGCAGGAGAGUCAGAAGCGGUUGAGACUGGUUCUUAUAAAUAGCCCGCUGCACCAGUGCCUCCAAUUUUGACCUUUUGUUAUGUAAAUGUAGCCAGCCUGGGAAGGGCUGCCCAGGCCUCCUGCCACCACGCCUGCUGCCAGGAAUUGAGUGCCUGCCACUAGCUCCCCCAGAUCUAAGUGACCCUUGGAGUAUCCUAAGUCUUUUUGGGGGGGUGUACCCUGCUCUUCAGGCCUGUGUUCUCCUGCCAUCACCCUGCCUGCGGGCGCUGGCCACUGUCUCCUGCCCAGCUGUCCCCGGCAUUCCAACCGGGGAGACCCCCAGACCUUCCUGGGGAUGAGGGCUUCCGGGCCCCCUAGGUACCCUCUCCCUUGCUGCCCCUCCUGCCUUCUGCCCCCCGACUGCUGCCUGUCUGUGUAACCGUGUCCAUCUUCUCUCCUCCAGGUGACCAGGCAUUGAUGCACCCCCAGGGAGGCCGCGCACUCAAGGAGGCCACCCCCGCUGGCUGCUGCUCACAUGGUUUCUGGGCCCCUGGCACUCCGGUGGUGCGUGUGGGCGGGGCGUGGGGACAUGGGGCCCGACAUGGAGCUGCCCAGCCACUCAAAGCAGCUCCUGCUGCAGCUAAACCAGCAGAGGACGAAGGGCUUCCUGUGUGACGUCAUCAUCAUGGUGGAGAACUCCAUCUUCCGGGCCCACAAGAACGUCCUGGCUGCUAGCAGCAUCUACUUCAAGUCCCUGGUGCUGCACGACAACCUCAUCAACCUGGACACGGACAUGGUCAGCUCCACGGUGUUCCAGCAGAUCCUGGAUUUCAUCUACACGGGCAAGCUGCUGCCCAGCGACCAGCCGGCCGAACCCAACUUCAGCACGCUCCUCACCGCCGCCAGCUACCUCCAGCUGCCCGAGUUGGCGGCCCUGUGCCGGCGCAAACUCAAGAGGGCCGGCAAACCCUUUGGCUCAGGGCGGGGUGGGGCUGGCCUGGGGCGACCCCCUUGCAGCCAGCGGCUGUCUGCGGCCUCCGUCAUCCAGGCCCGGUACCCAGGGCUCGUGGAUGGGCGUAAGGGGGCCCACACCCCUCAGGAGCUCCCCCAGGCCAAAGGCUCCGAUGAUGAGCUCUUCUUGGGUGGCUGCAACCAGGAGAGUAUGCACGGCCUGGGCCGGCCAGUCUGUCCGGCCACCAGGGAGGCCGGCCUGGGUGGCUGCAGCACUAAUGGGAGCAGUGGGGGCUGUGAGCAGGAGUUGGGCCUGGACUUGUCCAAAAAGAGCCCUCCCCUGCCCUCCGCCACCCCCGGGUCCCCCCUCACCCCGGAUGACCCAGCUCAGCUGAGCGACAGUCAGCACGGCUCGCCCCUCUCAGCCUCCGCUCCUCCCGCAGCCAACAGUGCCUCUUAUGCUGAGCCU